GCCAGUCUUUCAGAGAGUUGAACUCGGCCAUUUUUCCCAGUGUGUCACGAAGGAGGAUCGAAGUACAUUCGCUACGCAGGUGCAAGUUUCCAGCUGAAGACCAAUAGACGUGGAGCACGUCACUUCCUUUUCGUUCCCUUUUUUAUUAUUAUUUUACAGAUGUGCGUUGGAUCUCAAGAAAUCGACGUGACAGCAAACUAAAGACGGUGCUGUCCUCUGUUCUGCAGAAUCCCGGAAGUCAUGAGGAAAGCAACGCAUCUUGUCGCGGUACGAGUUCUUGCUGUUGUCGUGGCAGCCGGGCUGGCAACGAGCGACAGGGAUGUCACCCCAGACGGGCCGCAUACCCAUGAUGCCUUUCGCUUCUCAAGAUUUCAAGGAAGGAUAUUGCAAGACGAAGUUGGAGAGCAAGACUACGACUUCGACUUAGAUUGGCCUCGUACCCAUGAAGCUUUGCGCGUCAACGAUUUCUUGAGGUUUGCAAGAUCAGGUAGGGUACUGCUAGGGUACGCUAAUGGAGAACCAGCCCUGGUCGGCGCAUUGUUCGCACGCAACGAAGGGAUGUGGGACUGCGCUGUCGCCAAAGGGAGAGAGCCCGUGGCAGCACUGCUGAAAUUUCUCCCACCCGGAAGCGUUGCGUACGCAAGGAAAACGACGUUCUUGCCCAUUUUCGUUGCAUGCUACAACCUCCAAGGAGUUAAUCACAGAGCAAGGUCACCCAGUAGGUGGCGCAUUUAUCCAGGUACAAAAUGGUGUGGCGACGGGAACAUUGCAGCAAACUACGACGAUGUAGGCGACGACAAGGAUGUGGACAAAUGUUGUCGAGCCCACGACCAUUCAGGGGAGACCAUUCCACCAAGAGGAACUCUGCACGGUAUCAUCAACUACCGCCACUAUACCAUGUCUACGUGCGAGGCAGACAUGUUAUUUUUCGGUUGUCUGAAGGAAACCAAGAGCGUCAUAGCGGAAGAAGUGGGUUUUCUUUACUUCGAUAUCCUGUCGCCUAGCUGCUAUGGGUUCGAUCAUCCUCACGAAUGCAAGGACGGAACGACGCCCGUGGAAGAAUGCACAGAGUUCAUUGUGAGAGAGGACAAACCCAAAGUAUGGCAGAAGUUCAACAACCCUACUUUCACACCAGAAGAGGAAGAAGAAAUAGACGAAGCCACGCAUGGAGCCCAACAACCUCAACACAAAAGCAUGGAAGAAGAAGAGUUAGUGGAACAUUUUCAAGACACGGAAGACGAGGACGACGAGUGAUUCUCGGACACUUCUGGAAAUAAACGGCAUAAUCCCUG